AUGCCGAACGUCUUGCGAUCACCUCAGAGUAACGAAUCGAUGUCAGCUUCUAAUCCUGAAUUGGCAUCGGGGUCCAGCGGUACUACCCAAAGAGAUAAAAAAAGGCGUCGUAUGUCGGAGUCGGAAGACAUGGAUCAGACUGAUGUCUUACUUCUUUUUCGCGAUGAAAUGAUGAAAAUGUUUCAAAAAUUUGAAGCAAACCAGAACCAUCGUUUGGGGGAAAUAGAAAACCAUAUAUCACACAUUAAAGACCAGAAUAAUUCUAUUAAGACUUUGAACACUGAGAUCGAGAAAUCCGUCUCUGAUGUAUCUGCCAGAAUUGAAUUUGUACAAAAUAAAAUAAUUAUGAUGGAAGAGGAGCGAAAAGAAUUAUCAUCCAGGAUUAACGUCAUCAAUGAUAAAUGUGAUAUGUUACAUAAAAAUCUUUAUAAGACCUCAAUAGAAAUUAGAAAUGUCCCCAAAAUUAGAGGUGAGAAAAAUACUGACCUUUAUGGCUACUUUGGAAGACUCACCGAUACCCUGAAAAUUAAUAUCCAGACGCAAGAGAUUCGCGACAUAUUUCGUGUACCUAACAAAAAAGACCAGAAAUGCUCAUCGUUGAUAGUUGAACUCGGUAACACCUUGACCAAGAGCAAAGUACUUGAGGCUGCAAAGUCAUUCAACAAAAGCGGACAACUUCAUUCAAACCACCUUGGAUUCGAAAGUAAGGACACGCGUAUCUAUAUCUCUGAGCGACUAACACCUAAAGCUCGACGCUUACAUUUUCUUGCUAAAGAUAUGGCUCAAUCAGGUGGUUUCAAAUACUGUUGGACAGCUGGAGGAAACGUUUAUCUACGUAAGGCUGAGGGUGACAUAGCAAUCCUUAUUAGAAGCGAAGAAGAUAUCAACGUGCUGAAAAAAAAAUUGUGA